GUCCUCGCGCUGGGACUCAUCGUUGCCGGAAUCACCUUUGCAGCAAGCUGUGAUCAACGCUCGUUCGUGGCCGCGACCGUGCGCCCGACCCAGGUGACUCGGUCCGUGGCUGCAGCUCAGGCGCAUCCGUCCAUUCUUCGCCCGGCUGCUUCAGCAUGGCCAGCUGCCAUGCUUGCAACGGUUGCCAUUGCCGCCGCUGCUAUGCGUUCGACACCGAGCCGUGUGCCCCGCGCGCAGGUAGUGAUCACACGCUGCCUGCCCAAUGUUUCUCCGAUGCCACAGGUCUCCACUCAAUUGACAACUGUGACACCGCCCAUGCCGGAGUGGAAUGAGGACCUGAUCUCCUUCGAGAUGGCGGAGGGCACCAGUGCUGCAGAGCAGGCCAACGCCCCGCAGAGCAGUGCUCCUGUUCACAGCCCGCGCCCGCGCCCGCGCCGGUCUCGCCCCUCGCGUCAGGCUCGUGCCAGACGUGAGCAUCGCCGCAUCGGCAGCCGCCUGGUGCAGCGAGACUACCUGUCUCAUGCCAGCCUGCCUUCCUUCGAGCCAAGCAAGGUGCCACUGGUCUUGCAAGAGGCCAUGCAGCAUGGGCCACGCCCACGCACGGCCUCCGGGCGCGAGUCCAAGCCUUUGGUCGAGGCUCCGGGCCUAUCUGCAUCCCUAGACAUUGGAUUAAAAUCAUUCAAUGUGGAACGUACAGCAAAUGAUUCAAAUCAUCCGUGA